AGCAGGCCUGAGCGCCGGGGUGUAGCGGAGGAUGAGAGCCGCCGCCAGGACGGAGAGCCGUCCGGAGCCGCCGCCGCUGAACCCCGGAGGAGGCGACAUGACUGCGGAGUAAACAGGCGAGAGGACGCCGCUGCGUCUGUCGCGGCUCACAGUCGGGAUGUCUGGCCCGGCCGGACCUGCAUCGCCCGGUUCGGAGCCGGAGCUGCCGGACCUCAGCCACCUGACAGAGGAGGAGCGGAGCAUCAUCCUGUCGGUGAUGGAGAGACAGAAGAAGGAGGAGGAGAAGGAGCAGAGCAUGCUCAAGGAUCAGGAGGAAGUGAAACCAGCCUCGUGGAAUCUGUUCUCGGGGUUCAGUCAGUUGGUCAAUGACGUUGCCGCCAAUGUGUCGGAAGUUCUGCAGGUUAAAAGUCCGACUGACGACGGGUCGCAGACGAAGUUACAUCAGCAGUUUGAGAUGUACAAGGACCAGGUGAAGAAGCUGGGGGAGGAGCCUCAAGCAGCUCAGACGGCGAGGGCAGAGUCUCCGACCUGCGGCAUCUGUCGCAAGACGAAGUUCGCUGACGGCUGUGGGCGAGCCUGCUGCUACUGCCAGAGUCGCUUCUGUGCCCGCUGUGGGGGGCGUGUCCCUCUGAGAGCCAAUAAGGUGAUGUGGGUUUGUAACGUGUGCAGGAGGAAGCAGGAGAUUCUCACUCGCUCGGGGGAGUUUCACUCCAACACACUGUCUGUCGACCACACCUCUCAUGGGGUUCCACACCCAUCAAUGCAGGGGUCGCCGAUGGCCACGGGUCCCCUGAGCAAUGGAGCCACUGAGCGGAGGCGGAGCCCCUCAGGGUCGUAUUAUGAUGGUGGGGGGGGCAGUAUGCUUCACUCACCCUCUGACCUGGACUGCCGUGUUCGCUCGCCACAUGGCUACCAUGGCAGCGGGGAGGAGGAUCUGCGGAGCCGGAGGCGACCAAUCAGAGAUGGGCGGGGCCGCUGGCACUCACAGGACCAUCCUCUGGACCAGUUUCUGGAUGAGCGUGAACUGCAGCGGCGGCAAGAAGAGGAGUUUCAGGCCCGUUACCGCAGUGACCCAAACCUGGCUCGUUACCCGGUGAAGCCACAGCCGAGUGAGGAGGCCAUGAGGAUGUUAGCUCAAGUCGGCAGGGUCCGCCACCAACGUCGCCACAGUGAUGUCUCCCUGGCAGCCGCCGAGCCCGACCACUUGACCCUGAGACACACAGCUCUCCAUCAGAAUCGGCCUCAGGGAUUGGUCGGAUCUGGAGGUCAGAGGUCAUUCUCUGUGGACCGUGCAGCCAAUCACGCCAGCCCCACUUCUCCCCGCCGCAGUCCGUUAUUGCAGCAACACCUGGACCCGAGUUCCGCCCACAAGAGGAAGCCAGCCAAUGAGAGCACAGCGCAGAGGGCACGGAGGAUGGGGAAGAUGCAUGUGAUUGGUAGCUUCAGCAGCUCUGAGGAGGAUCUAGUGACCACACCUGAGUACACCAGCUGUGACGAGCCUGACAGAGACAUGGACAGCCAAUGGUGGGAUCAUGGUUCCUGGCAUGGGGAGCCUGCGCCCAUGUCUAUGCAACCAGUCACAUGGCAACCAUCCAAGGAUGGAGAGCGUCUAAUUGGUCGAAUUCUGCUGAACAAGAGGAUGAAGGAUGGGACAGUUCCCGCGGAUACGGGGGCGCUGCUGGGACUCAAGGUUGUCGGUGGAAAGAUGACGGAGUCUGGUCGUCUCUGUGCAUUCAUCACCAAGGUGAAGAGAGGAAGUCUGGCUGACACCGUGGGACACCUGAGACCAGGUGAUCAGGUUCUGGAGUGGAAUGGUCGGGCUCUUCAGGGAGCCUCGUUUAACGAAGUAUAUAACAUCAUCCUGGAGUCCAAACCAGAACCACAGGUGGAACUGGUGGUGUCCCGACUCAUCGGAGAUGUUUCCAGAACAACAGAGAGCUCCCAUGUCCAGCUGGACUCCAGUUCCAGUUCCUUCGACUCUCAGAAAGUUGGUCCGUCCAUCUCUGUCACAUCUCCCAUGAGCCCCAGUAUGCUGUCCGGACAAGUCUCUACUGUGAACAGGCGUCCUCUGGUUCCUCGAAUUCAGGUGAAGCUCUGGUAUGAUAAAGUCGGUCAUCAGCUGAUCGUCACGAUUCUUGGAGCUAAAGAACUUCCUGUCCAAGAUGACGGCCGACCCAGAAACCCCUAUGUAAAGAUCUACUUCCUGCCAGACAGAAGUGAUAAGAGUAAGCGGAGGACGAAGACAGUAAAGAAGUCGGUGGAGCCUCGUUGGAACCAGACUUUCAUGUACUCUCCGGUCCACCAGCGGGACUUCAGAGAACGGAUGUUGGAGCUGACGGUCUGGGAUCAGGCCCGGGUGCGGGAGGAGGAGAGCCAGUUCCUGGGAGAGGUGCUGAUAGAACUGGAGUCGGCUCUGUUGGACGAUCAGCCUCACUGGUACAAACUGCAGCUUCAUGAUGUUUCCUCUUUGCCGCUGCCCAGUGCCUCCCCCUACCUGCAGAGGAGAGGACUGCAGCCUGAACACAGUCAGCCCAGCAGGAGGCUGCAGAACAAAGGUCCUUACUAUAAUUCAGGGUCUCAGAGGAUCAGUGACAGUGAGUUUUCAGAUUACGACUGUGAAGACGGCAUCGGGGUGAUAUCAGACUACAGACAGAACGGGCGAGACUUCCACAGUUCCACCCUCUCAGUGCCGGAGCAGGUGAUGUCGUCCAAUCACUGCUCUCGAUCCGAUAUGGUCAGGAUGAGGUCUCGGUCACCGAGCCAACCGCCUCCUCACAGCGGCAACCCUCUGUACCCGUUGUACCGGGAAGAUGCCGUGCGGCUGUUGCGAGGCUCCAAACUGAGCCGAGCAUACUCUGAUGCCGGCCAGUACAGCAGCCUGAACAGGAGAUCACUGAGGAGAAUGUCUGUUGCCAACUCUCUUGAUUCUCAUGACAGAUAUUUUAAUGGUCCGAACCACACUCCCUGGACAAACCACAUGAUGAAUGGGAGCUGUGAGGACUACAGUCAGGACUUCAUCCCAGACUUCCCCUACGAACCUGACGCCUACGACGAAGAACUGCUGAGGGCUAACCCUCGAGGUGGAUCUACCCAGACGAGUCCAUCAGGAACGCCGGUCUGCAGCCGCCGAGGACGCCAGUUGCCUGCUGUCCCGCCCAAAGGAGCUCUGGACAGAAAUGGAGGAGAACCCUCUGACAUUGUGCAAACAGGUGUGAUGAAGGAUCCAUCGAAGAUGAGGGACAGCCUGUCCUUUAAAUCAUCAGACAGUGAUGUCAGUGAUGUAUCGGCCAUGUCCAAUGCCUCCGACACUCGAUCUAUCCGCAGAAUCAGUCGGGCUGAGGCUCUAGAAGGCCAAUCAGUGGAGUUGGUGGCGGGAACACAGGAAGUAGCAGCAGAAGGCGGAGCCUCGUUGCAGAAGACUGAAUCAGUGGAGGAGGGAGAGGAGGUGGAGGUGCAGCCUGAGCCUCCAAAGCCGGCGCCAGCGUCUGGAGCUCCUCUCACAAAGUCCUCAAGUGUGGGUGGAGAAAUCUGUUCGCUGGGGAGAAACGAUGAUGAUGACGAUGAGAAGAAAAGACGCUCAAGCUUCGGAGCGAGGAUGAUGGGAAUGGUCGGACUGGGAAAGAAGAGUCAGAGCGCCUCCCAGCUCAACCCUGAAGAGGAGGAGAAGAAGAAAAAGGUGAUCAGACUUCCUGUCCAAAGGAGUGUAGAAACCGGUUUGGCUGUUGAGUUUAAAUCUCGUUUUACUCGACAGCCGAGUCGUGACCCCGACGCCGAGGACCCCAAACCUGGAGCUUUGAUAUUUCCGGGAGUGAAAUUGGCAUCAGACCAACAGUUCACUGGCUUCCUAGAGGGAUUAGGCCCCGCCCAGCUGGCUGGACGACAGACUCUGGCCACACCCCCUAUGGGUGACAUCCAGAUCGGGAUGGUGUACAGAAAGGAGCGCCUGGAUGUGGAGGUGAUUCGAGCCCGUGGGCUUGUGGGUAAACAAGGCAACAAGAACACUCCAGCUCCCUACGUGAAGGUGUAUCUGAUGGACAACGGGAAGUGUGUGUUGAAGAGGAGAACUCGUCUGGCGAGAAAAACACUCGACCCUCUUUAUCAACAGCAGCUCCAGUUUGAGGAGAAUCCAGAGGGGAAAGUCCUGCAGAUCAUCGUGUGGGGGGACUACGGUCGGAUGGAUCAUAAAUCCUUCAUGGGCGCCGCUCAGAUUCUAUUGGAUGACCUGGACCUAUCAAACAUGGUGAUUGGUUGGUUUAAACUGUUUCCUGCCACCUCAUUGGUGGACCCUGCCUUGGCCCCACUGACCAAUAAAGAAAGGGAGGGCGGCAAGUCGUAGUAUCAAGAGGUGGGACAGACUUUACCAUCAUAGUAAUGGGCCAAGAGGGAGGAGGAGGGGACAAGUUGUUGCCGGGCUGGGCUGAAAGAAGUCCCAUGAUCCUCCUAUGCUGUUGCAUGCUGCAUGAUGACAUCACAGCAAUGAUGUAACAGUGUCAUGAUGAUGUCACUAGGAGGAGUAGGGAGGCCCCGCCCCCUGACAGUGACACGGAAAAAGACCCUCUCACUGAGGGUGGAGCUACGCAGCAAAGGAUGCUCGGAAAAGAAAAGACAGGAGAGGCUAUGUGACCUCCAGCUGCCAGCCAAUCACAGCAGCUCCUCAGGAGUCAUGUGACUGUUUGAAGCAUGAGUUUACAUGGAGAUGCAGGAACACGAAGGUCUGGUUCUUUAUGUUUUUGCAUGGAACGAUUAAAAGAUUAGAACAUAAAAAACAUCAACUGUGAAAAAUUUAAAGAACAUGAGAACAUCGCCUGAAAAAUAAAAAAGAUCCAACGCUCA